AUGGCUUCCGACAAACCAGUAGAGAAGCUGGCCGACACCCUGAAAGGUUUGGUCAUCGGGGCCAGUGGUACAAUCCCUGGAUAUAAACAUGGUCAAAUCAAGCGGAUGGUCGAAAGAUGUGGUGCGAAGUUCGCCUCGGUUAAUGUCAGCAAGUGUACUCAUUUGGUGACAACAGAGGAUUAUCUCAAGAAAAAGUCGAAAAAGAUCAAUCAAGCUCUUGAGCGGCACGACUGCCAAAUCGUGAAUAUCGAUUGGUUGUUGAAGAAGAUCGAAAAGCAUACUCCGGAGGGUGUUGAAAAGGAAGAACCCGAGAACGAUGAAGACACCAAGCUCACGGGCAAAAAGCGUGAGCGAGAAUCUUCGCUUGGGGAUGACCAAAACAGCUCUCCGAAGAAAAUGAAGGAUGAAAUACAGAUCAACCUCAAGAAUCUGAGCAAACUGGUUGACAAGGAAUACCCAAAGAAGAUAGGAGAUACACUUUCCGUUUGGGAGGACGAGACAGGAUUGAUAUGGGACGCCACUUUGGUCAGAGUCGGUUUGAAAAAUCAAGUCGAGGUUUUUCGCAUCCAACUUCUCGUUCAUCACGAAUCACAAACAUUCCAUACAUGGGACAUUCAAUACCAAUUUGGCUCAUCUGAAAAUUCAAAAUCAAUUGGAGAUAUGGGAAGCCUCGAGUCGGCCAAGGAGACGUUUGAGGAGAAGUUCCAGCUCUACAGUGGUUCAGCCUGGGAAGACCGACAUACUCCCAAUUUCAAGGGAGAAGGCUGGAUUCCCCUUCAAAUGUACAGGGAGGUUCCUAUUGACACCGAUGAGAUUAGCACAUUGCCUGCAAGCGUUGAAAAUGUUUUGAAAAUCAUCUUCAUGCCAGGAAACUUGAAGAAGUACCUCGAUUCGCUGAACACGAACGGGCGCAACCUCUUGAGGGGCACUAAAGUCGACAAGAAGAAACUCCUGAUUGGGGUUGCAGUUUUGGGCAAACUGAUGGAACUCACAUCGAUGGACUCCAUUAACCCUGAACUGAGGUCUAGCAACCAUCUCCAAUGGAAAAAGGAAUUACGCAGAAUCUACGCUACCUUGAUUCUCAAGAACCAGACUCUUUUAGACUCCAAGGAUACCAUCAGGCAAGAACUGGAAUCACUCGAACUCUUGGUCAAAUUACGCAAUGCCAGUAAGAUUCAGGAAAAGAAAUGCCUGUCUUCUUCAUUGGUCAUGAGCCAAAUAUCCCAAGGGGUCAUCAGUAUAUUCCGUCUCGAACGUCCCGGGGAAGCAGAGCGUUUUGCCCAAUGGGAAAAAGCAAACCUUGCUAACAUUGGAGACCAGCGACUUCUGUGGCAUGGCUCAAAGUCUAGCAACUUUGCAGGAAUUUUGAGUCAAGGGUUGCGUGGUGAUGGAAUUGUUAGUACCGAUGGGAAGCACUUUGUUCCUGGGGUAUUCUUCGCCGACAUGGCCACAAAGUCGGCAGGAUAUUGCCGACAGAAAAACGGGCAAGCCUUGAUGUUGCUAUGUGAGGUUGAACUGGGUACUGAAUCAGCCCUUUCACGCUAUCAUCUUGGCUUCACGGUCCAUGAAAGAUGGCGUGAUGCUGGAUAUAUUCACCCAGAUUUCAAGGGGUGCAAGGUCCCUGAUAUUCAUGCUGGAACAAAGACUGCAAAUGGCGCCGCCUCAAAUCUUUACCACUCUGAGUAUAUUGCACAAAGCCCAGCACAGAUUCGUCAACGGUAUUUGUUCCACGUGAACAUUCGAAGUGGCUAA